UGUGCUCUGGGGCAGGGCUGGCGCCCGUCCAGCGGAGGAGCCGCCCACAGCCCUCCGAGGGGUACAUAAGGAGCCCCAGGCCGGGGGGCGGCCAGGCCGCCGAGACCUGAAUCCUCCUCAGCGCCAUCCCCUGCCCUCCUCUCUCGUGCCUGCCGAGGACCGACGCCCGCUUCCUGGCCAUGGCGACCACGUUUCUGCAGAGUUCUUCCUCCACCUUUGGGGGCUGCUCCACCCGAGGGGGCUCGCUCCGGGCCGGGGGCGGUGGCGGCUUUGGUGGGGGCAGCCUGUAUGGUGGAGGUGGAAGCCGCGGUAUUUCAGCUUCUUCUGCUAGGUUCGUCUCCUCGGGGUUGGGAGGGGGCUAUGGGGGUGGCGCGGGCUGCGGCUUCGGUGGCGGGGCAGGUGGCGGUUUCGGCGGAGGUUUCGGAGGUGGUUUUGGAGGCGGCUUGGGUGGGGGUUUCGGUGGCGGCUUUGGUGAUUUUGGCGGUGGUGAUGGCGGCCUCCUCACUGGCAACGAGAAGGUGACCAUGCAGAACCUCAACGACCGCCUGGCCUCCUACCUGGACAAGGUGCGCGCGCUGGAGGCGGCCAACGGCGAGCUAGAGGUGAAGAUCCGAGACUGGUACCAGAAGCAGAGCCCGGCCAGCCCGGAGCGGGACUACAGCCGCUACUUCAAGGAGAUCGAAGAGCUCCGGGACAAGAUCCUGGCUGGUGCCAUCGACAACUCCCGGGUCAUCCUGGAGAUCGACAAUGCCAGGCUGGCUGCCGACGACUUCAGGCUCAAGUACGAGCAUGAGCUGAACCUGCGCCAGACAGUGGAGGCCGACAUCAACGGGCUGCGCAGGGUGCUGGACGAGCUGACCCUGGCCAAGACCGACCUGGAGAUGCAGAUCGAGAGCCUGAACGAGGAGCUGGCCUUCCUGAAGAAGAACCAUGAGGAGGAGAUGAAGGAGUUCGGCAGCCAGCUGGCCGGCCAGGUCACCGUGGAGAUGGACGCGGCCCCGGGCGUGGACCUGACCCGCGUGCUGGCCGAGAUGAGGGAGCAGUACGAGGCCGUCGCGGAGAAGAACCGCAGGGAUGCCGAGGCCUGGUUCUUCAGCAAGACGGAGGAGCUGAACAAGGAGGUGGCCUCCAACACAGAGAUGAUCCAGACCAGCAAGACGGAGGUCACGGAGCUGCGGCGCACGCUGCAGGGGCUGGAGAUCGAGCUGCAGUCGCAGCUGAGCAUGAAAGCCGGGCUGGAGAGCUCGCUGGCGGAGACGGAGUGCCGCUACGCCACGCAGCUGCAGCAGAUCCAGGGGCUCAUCGGGGGCUUGGAGGAGCAGCUGGCCCAGCUGCGCUGCGAGAUGGAGCAGCAGAGCCAGGAGUACAACAUGCUGCUGGACAUCAAGACGCGGCUGGAGCAGGAGAUCGCCACCUACCGCAGCCUGCUGGAGGGCCAGGACGCCAGGAUGGCUGGCGUCGGCACCCGCGAAGCCGUCCUGGGAGGCGGUGGCAGUGGCGGUGGCAGCAGCAAUUUCCGCAUCAAAGUGGAGGAGUCGGUGGACGGCAAGGUGCUUUCCUCCCACAAGAGAGAUGUCUGAGUGCCCCGCACAGGAGGAUCGGCCCCCGCCACUCCUGUCCCCCAGGGCCGAGUGGGGGACUGGCCAGAGUGGGUGGGAGGCGGCCAUCCUCCGGUCCCUGUCUUCAGAGAUGCCUGGCUGACGCAUGUCCCCUGGUCCACAGCUUUCUGUGCUCUCUGUCCCUGCCCUGCACUCCCCACCUUCUUUGGGGUGCAAGCAGCAGCUGGCUAGGGUCAUGGCUCCCGCGUGCCGCAUCUGCUCCCACAAUAAAGUUUUGCUUUUCCUUUCACAAACA